GUUUAUUUUGUGCACAGGAGGAAAUUUGCGCUGAGAUAAGUAUUCUUUUAAACCUGUUUUUGAAAUUUAACUUAAUAUUGUAAUACUUGUUUGUGCUUGUAAUUGUUUUUUAUGCAAACUCAAGUAUCUUAUCAAACUAUUUUACGUUGUAAGCAAAGCAUUGUAGCAAAAAUGUUUGUUUCCUUGAGUUCGGACAAUCUAACGAGUUGUUUUGUUUCAUCUUGUAGUACGGCGCUAUUUACUGAAAAGUGUCACUAUUUUACUGAAAAGUGUCGAUGCUAUUUUUUUUAAAAUCAUAUUUUGGAUCAGAAAGUUAUUGUAAUCCAUAACGUAGUUAUGUAAGCUGCCUUUACUUAAUAUAGGCAUUAGAGUCCUAUAUUGGAUAUUCAAUCACGUUGCUAGAAAUUUCUUCUUUAGUUUUUCGUUUUUAAAUUCAUUAAAAAUCUUGAUUUUAUUUUAUGAUUAAAACAAAUUAAAGCAAGAUUAAGAUGCAUCAGUUCAUCAGCAGCAUCAGUACAACUUUAUAACAAGUAUAAGGUUAGACUCUUAAAAGUUUUAGAUUAGCUUUAGUUAGAAACUUCCAUAUAUGUUUACUUCAUGUAUAAUAAUUUACCAGUAAUUUUGAAAUUUAACUUCUGAACAUAUUUUUGCUUCGUCGUAGACCAAAAAUCAACAGCUUAAAAUUGAAAUUUAUCCAGGACAGAAUUAACUUUUGUCAAGACGCUUCUUAGUUAGGAUUCACUGAAUAGUUGGUUAAUCUUUCAAUAUACUGCAUAUUUGGCAGACAAACAGAAUAUUUGGUUUGAUUGAAUACUUUAAUAAUUCAGUGACGCAAUGCGUAGCAAAUUUAUUUUCAACACUUAGUAAACAUAUUUUUUCAUAUAAUGAAUGAAAGUUUUAACGUAGUUAAAAAUUAGUUUGAGUUGUUGCCGUCUAAUACUGUCAAACCUGGUUUAUAAGAAAGCACUUAAAAUUAAUUUCUGCUUGGACAAACUGCAUUUGAGAUCCCUAAUCCCGGUCCUACUGUUGAUGAUUUUCCAAAUAAGAUGAUCUGCUUUAAACAAUAUGGUUUUAAAGGUCCCUCUGAUAUUGUUUUAACGAGUUUCAAAUGUGCUAUCAUAUUCAAAACAAUUUUAACGUAAGAGAAAACACUCAGGUGGUAAUUUCAAAUUUUAUUAUUUUCAAUUUUUCGUAAUUUUUAUGACAUGUCUAUAUCUGAGAGUCAGAACAAGGUAACUCACAAUAUCGUGAGGAGACAGCUAAAAUGGUUGUCAAAGAUGGAAUGCACCUGGUAAGUAAUUACAAAGUUUUUUUUAGAAUUAUAUUCACAUGACUCGAUACAGAAUAAGAUUCUACAUGACAAUACACUAAUAAACUGAAAAUCACAGUUUUUGGACUUAUGUCAGUAUUAUAGCUCUGAGCUACAGAUAUUUUAAUUAAUCUUACUUUUUCAAAUUCAAUUAACUAUGAAACAGUAAGCAGAAAAGAAAAAAAAAACUUGGAUAAUAUGGAAUAUACAUAAUUAUGUACAGUCGGCUAGCAACUUUGUUUUGUAUUUGUAUGUAAGGUAAUUGCAAGAUCCUUUAUUUAUAAUGUAACAUACUACCAUGAUUAUAUUAGCUACAUCAAAUAUUAUUCGAAAAGAAUUGCAGAUAAAUAUAAACCAUUAGUCCUUUACUAGAACAGUUUUUUUUUUUAAAUUUAUAAUUGCACUAAAUAUAGAUGCAUUUAGGAUGUUAAAUGAAAAUUAAUUUUUAUUUCAUAAAAAAGGAAAAAUAGAUUAACCUUCCUUACAUUAAAUUGGUAUAAAAUACAGAUGUUGAAAUCACAAAAUAAAUAAUAUUAGAUAUUGGGUAAAAUAUGUUAUUCGGUGCACCUAUGCUUUUUAGUACGGACAAACUGAGAUUUGGCACUUGCACAUUAUAGUGAAUCAUAAGGAAAGGGGUAAGGAAAAUAAAAAUUUGUAUUGUUGAUAUUUAGAUAUGAAAAAUGCAGUAACCAUUUAAAAUAUGUAAGUACCGUACACAAGUAAAAUACUGUAUUAAAAUUGAAAAUUUAGUUCUUUCAGUCAACCAGUUUUCUGCCAAAAUGGAAUGUUUCAAUGACUUAAUGGUUUGAGUUUUAUAAUUUACGAAACAUGUUAAGAUUUUUUUUCUUAGUAACUACUUAAUUUAAAGAUUAAUCAUUUUGACUUUUAAAGGGUAGCUAUUUCCUAAAUUUUCCUUAGCAAUUCUUGACAGUUUUCGUGCGUAAUUUUUUAAAAAGACUAGCUAGGCUUUGUGUUGAAUUUUAAAAAUAAUGAAUAUUCUAAAAUAACCCUCAAGUUAUUAAAAAAUAUAUUUAGUAAGAUCUUUUAAUUUAGGAAAUAAAACUUUCAAGAAAAUAUAAUUACACGGAAUUAGUAUUAAUGCUCUACUCAAGCUAUACAUUGUAUUAUUUAUCUUUUAAAUAGUAAUGAACAAAGUUUUAAUGAACAAAAUCAUCGGGUUACUGCAUACACGUGUUUUGGAGUUACAGGAACUCUUUUUCAAUGUAAAGUGGUGAGCUUUUGUAUGUAAAGACCCAAAACACGGGUAUGCAGUUGUCUGCUAUUUUUGUGCAUUAAAACGUUGUUCAUUACUAUUUACUUCCCUGCACAAAGGUAUUUAUUUCUUAUUUAUCUUUUAGUUUAAAGCAACUUUUUUUUGCAGCCUUUAAGAACAAAAUAAGAUGCCUUCUAUGGAGGUCGGAUGUAUAAUAUGAGACUUAAUAUGAAUUUCCAGUGAAAUACUAUAUUUAGCGAUAAUUUAAUAAGAAUUAAGGUAGAUUUACGGCGACUAACCGAUGGUGUCACCGCCGGUCGUAUAAUACGGCAGGAAUUCUUUUCCGAACUCUGACUCAUGCCCUCGAGUGCGAAAUUCUAGGGAGGAAAUCCGUAGAGCUAUUCAUUUUGAACUCUUUUAAACAGUUUUCGAAUAUUCAAUGUACGCUUUGAAACUCGCACCGCGUUCCAUGAUGCUAGCCAUUUUUACACGAACCAAGAGCACGCACGCACAUGGUCGGAAGUAGUUGGAACUACUGACGUCGCUAGCUGGAUGGAACCGCCGCGCCACGCGAGGCGAAGGAGGCGUGUCAAUCCGUUGAAAGUGUCAGAUUUGCGCAUGCGCAAGUUUCUAGGUCGGAUUCCGAAUCCAGCUCCGACGGUCGGUGCCGCAACCACUGCGUAUUUUAAAAUACAUUUAGGCUUCUCGAGUCAGAAAAAGUUAUCUCUGAAGGUCAAAGCGUAAGCUAAUAAAUACAAGCAGUUUUGAGAAAUUGGUACUCAUUUGGUAAUAUUUUGUUGUACAGUCAACCUUCGUUUAUCGUGGUCAAUUCGCUUCAGACUUUACUGCAAUAACUGAAUUUCCGCGAAGUAGGAUUUAUUUAUAAACCAAAUGUUUUUUUUUCCUAAUUAGAGUGCAUAAAACCAACUUACGACAAUUUAAAUAGGUUUUAACAUAGUUAGAGCCCCCUAAAUAUUAAACAGCUCUCUUAAUCCCCAUCAGUUUCCAAUGUUCAUUUCUUCACAUUAACAUUUGAUUCUGCAUCUUCCACUGUGUGGUAUUAUCUCUGCUUGUAUAAGCAAGUAACAUUGUUGACUGAUUUACGGAAUUUAGCCUUUCGGCUUUUCGUUUAAACAUCGUAAGUUAUCACUAAGUGACUCUCUUCCUGCACGUCUCGCAGCAGUCCGCUCUGCGAAAGGUGGUUAUUCUGGCUUUUGACAGAUGGUCACAUUAAUGUGACUGGACUAUGUAGUUAGGCUAAUUUUAGUGAUCAAUGUUAAUAUACAAAAGCCAUUUUCUGUGGCUUAUUCUUUCUUUUUUUUUUUUUUUUGCUGAAUUAAGAUGUGUGUUGGAUGCUCAUUAGUGCUUAAUAUGUUUUUUUUUUUUGUUAAUACUGAUGCUUUAGAAUUUCGAAUUUAUAGUGUCAUAAAAUAGCAGCUAUCAAUACUGCAUCAGAAAAUAAUAGAUCAUUAGAUAAUUUCUAAUGUAUUGCUUCUAUGCAGUAUGCAAUUUUCCAUCCUGCAUUCUGAAACACACUUGCAUUUGAAUUUUUAAUUUAAAUGUUAUAACACCCUCUAUAAAUAACAAAUAGGAUCAAUAAAUAAAGUGGGAAAUUUUGUCUUAACCAUAUUGUUUUAAUAGCCCUUGUACCUUUUUACAGAUACUAAUAAAAAUCCGCAUUAGAAACCUUUCAAAGCUAUUUUAAUUUGUUUGUUAUUUAUAUUUUUCAAAGUCUCUUCUUUAUAAUUUUGGAAAAAAAUUUCUCUUCUUUUUCAAAAAAUAGAAAUGGGUGCACUAGAUCAUUAUAGUGAGCUUACACCUCUAGGAAAAAUUCUUGCAAGAUUACCAGUUGAACCGAGACUCGGAAAAAUGCUUGUUCUAGCUUGUGUGUUUUCCUGUGGGGAUCCACUGUGCACAAUGGCAGCUCACCUGAGCCCUUUGAUACACCAUUUCCAAAAAGACUAGCAUAUGUACAUAGAAAGUUCUGUGGCAGUAGAUACAGUGAUCAUCUAACUAUGUUGAAUGCAUUUGUGCAGUGGGAGGAUGCUCACAUACAAAUAGAAGUUGUUGAGCAAUCAUUUUGUGAACACUUUUCAUUAAGUCUGCCCACGUUAAGAAUAACUCACGAUGCACAGAACCAGUUGAAGGAUUUAUUAAUCAUGGCUGGGUUUCCAGAACCAAGCUUAGCAUCUCAGUCAUAUUACUUUGAAGGUCCAGACUCUAGAUUGGAUAUUGUUGUUGCACUACUUGCAAUGGUAUUUUAUCCCAAUGUUUGUUUCCAUAGGGAAAAGCGAAAAGUGAUCACCACUGAAGGAAAAGCUGCUUUGAUCAAUAAAUCAUCAGUGAAUUGUACUAAUUUGCCUCCAAAAUUUCCCUCUCCAUUUUUCGUCUUUGGUGAAAAGAUUCGAACAAGGGUUGUGUCAUGCAAACAAAUGACAAUGAUUACACCACUUCAUCUUUUGUUGUUUAGCUGCAAGAAAGUGGAAUAUUCUAAUGGCUAUGUAACAGUAGACAAAUGGAUCAAUUUUAAAAUGCCUCCUAGAGAUGCUUCAGUCAUUGUAGCAUUACAACCUGUGAUUGAGGACUUAAUCAUUCAAGCUGCUGUUGGUCCAGAAUCUGUUGCAGAGCCUAUUCCUGUCAAUCUAAAGAUUAUUGAAAUUGUAAAAUGAUUGUGUGAUAUAAAUGCAGCGAAAUAUGGAAUAGAAAGUUCUGAAGAAAGCCCCAUUGUAGAUGGACAAGAACCACCAAGGAAAUUGCCUCGUCUAAGCGGUGGCAGAUUACCUAGAGGCUAUAGUGCAAGUGGCCGUUUCACUUCCAGCAGUGGUUAUGGAAGUCGUGGUGGAGGAUUCCGUGGAAGAGGAGGCGGAUAUGGACAGAAUUCUGGUGGCUAUGGAAAUAGAGGAGGUUAUGGUGGGGGAGGACAUUAUGGUAGAGGAGGUUAUGGAAAUGAUGGCUUUAAGAGGCCACGGAGGUUAUGGAAACAGAGGUGGCGGUGAAGGAUAUAACAGAGGAGGUUUUGGUGGAAACAGAGGAGGAUAUAAUCCUGGAGGUGGAUUUGGAAAUGGAGGAUACCAAGGCGGACAGUGGUGAACUAAAUAAUUCAUGCAAUUUUUGUAUAACUUCAAUAUGCGUCUCUCCAUCAAAUUUUAAAGCAUAAAGCACAUAUUAUGUUUCAACUUAGAUUUUGUUUUUAUUGUAAAGUGGACACGUUAUAGUUUUACUAACUCAUACGUUACAUUGUAUAUCUGAUGGAAUUAAAAUGACUUUUUUUUAUUA